AAGCAUAUUAUGUAAGGGCUGAGCUUACUAUUUUGUUGAGUCACCUCAAAGUUAGCUUACAAAAUUAACUUGAACAUUUAUUUAUUUUUAUAUUUAAUAUAAUUUAUAUGCUGCUAUAUUGUUUAAAAAGCCCUCCCCCCCUCAAAGCAGUGUACAAACAGAAUGAGAUUAUUAGCAAUUGGGCAGUCAUUUGAAGGCUACGGUCUUAGGACAUAGCCUCUCUUCCUGCAGUUGCUGUACAUUGCAGGAAAAUGCUAGUUAGAUGUGGUCAAGUUUCUUUUCUGAGAAGUUUGUCUGCAGUUAAUGAUAACCUUCCUAGGAACUGCAGAGUUUCCUAGAACAGUUUGAAUGCGGUUUUAUGUUUCUGUGUAGACUAGGGAGAAUUACUAGGAAUGGGACAUGAAAGUGGAAGACAUAAAUUGGAGACUAAUAUUGAUGUGACAGCUGGAUUCAGAGAUGAAAAGAAAUUGAUGUGCUAAUGCUAAAUAGAGUGGUAUGCAGCCUAUAUCAGAGCCACAUGUUCACAUUAUCAGCUGAUGGGAGCAACUGAUAAAAUCAAGGGAUGACCAAGCACUUCAGACUCUGGGUCUAUCAAAGUUCAGCAUUCUGUUUAUAACAGCAGCCAGCCAGAUGCUCUUCCAGUGGUCAGAGCAGGACAUGAAGAUAGCAGUAGAUGAUGGGUACCUUAUCACUUCAUUUCCAUCCUGCUUUAACAACUGCUACUAAACCUACUAAACUUUGCUGGUACUUUGAUUCCACUGUUCCCUUUAGUUAUUACUUUUGGAAUGUAACUAUUGUUUCUCCUCAUUGUCAUCUAGCACAGUCUAUUGACAUUUUAUUCAUUCCUCCUGUAAUGGCCUCACACUUGUAGUUUUCCAUUUGCUCACACCAGACCUUUGAUCCUUUUGUUUGAUGUUCCUUUGACCUAUGUGGACUACACUGUUAUUUUGCAAUCCUGCAGCGCAAGUCUAAUAAAUAGGUGCUCUUUUAUAUCCUAGACUGCUGCUCCAUUUUAGUUCAGCUGAGUAUACUUAAACGUCUUAAAAUUUUAUUUUAUUUAUUUAUUGAAUUUAGAUACCACCCUAUACCCAGAGGUAGAAUAGUAGGAUACUAUAGGCACAUUAUAGGCACAUAGGUAUGUACUUGUAGCACAGCCAGGGUUACUUGAUAGACUUGCCAUAUCUCUGUUAUUGUAAGCCCCACUGUGGGUAUUAAUGUGUGCUGUUCAUCUUUUACUGUCAGCUCAUCACUGAUUUAGACAUUCUGGAUCUUUUAUUGUUUAUGUCUAGAUCUCAUUUUGUAUUCUGUAAAUCAUCCCUUGUAACUUUUCUCUUUUUGACCUCACCUUGUUUGAUUUUUAAUAUACCUUUUUUUCUUCACAUACUCUGUGCUUUAUAUACCUAUCCUCUGAAGUUGGCUCUUCAAACAUCUGAUGUAUGUAUGAAAGGUUAUGCCACAGUACAUGUGCUAGCCUUAUGGUGUCAAAUAAUGGAAUAGGCUAAUAAGGGUCUGUAAUUUAAUACAUUUGAGUAUGGAAUUUUAUCUAGACUACCACAGACAGAUUCAUAGGAAAUAAAAAAAAUAACUUUAUUUGAAGAUGCUAAAAAUCCAAAGUGCCAUUUAUUUUUUGAAAGUCUGACAUAAUCUUAGAGUUGUCUGUCAUAGGGAAAAAUUGAUCCCUGCUGACAGCUAAUGGUGUAUUGUUAUGUUAAAAUGAUUUGCUAAUUACUCAGAAAGUGUAGAAGUGCAAGACUUGAGUAUUAUGGAUGCCUUCCUACAUCAGGCACUUAAAAUAUGCUUUAGCUCCUCCAAAGAGGCAGUAGCUGAGAUGCACUUAAUAUUACGGCUGCUAGCUCAUUUAGAUACUACUAAACAGAUUGUUUAGUUUUCUAAUUAACUCAUUAGUUUUCUGUGUUCCCAUACUUCAGAAAUGCUAUUUUCUGAGUUCUGAAGAACUGUGAACUUGAGAUCUCUUUUUGCCCUGGAUAUAAAUAUGCAUGUGUUCACUCCAUGGUGGUGUAUGAUACAUCAUGCAGCACAGGCACUUUCCUAGAUGGAAAGUCUGUGUAUAAAAAGUCACAUGUUAAGCACAAUCAAAUGCAUAAUUUUGUACUAUAUGCUCUAGCAUGCAAAAGAGAACUAGAUGGAAUUCUGAAAAGUAUUGAUUGAUUGUGACCAAAGCACUGUGAACCAAAAUAAUUUUGGUAUAAUAAUACCUGUAGUAAUCUGCAGUCAAUUCCAGAACAACUUUUGAAAUGGUUAAAUACACUGCGCAAUUGGAAGCAUUGACCUCAAUGUCAGUAAGCUUUCAGAGGAUGCCUUGCUUUCCACAUGAAAAUCCCUACUUAGAAAGCUUACAGAUUGGCAGAUAUGAAUGCUUCCUAUGUGCAGGUGAAUAUCAACUUAUGGGAGCCUUCAUACAUGGCCUCUUGUGUACAGUUGAUUCCCCCCCCCCAGUGCCAUUCUGAGAGAUUUGCAGCUAACCUGAACUGCUCAACUCUACAUCAGUGGUGUCAACACUGAUUCCUUUAUGGUCUUUCAGUAUAGGCACAAAUGAUGCUUUGUGGGCUAAAUUGGCUUCAGUUCAACACCAGUCCAUUCUAACAGUUGGCAUAGACAGGUUAUUAGACUGGCUAAAAAUAUAACUGUGAAGUGAAGUUUAUUGCCAUUAAAUAUUUGUAGUGCUUUACAACUGUGUACACACACAGUAUACUGUAACUUUUUAAAAGAAGCUCAUAUAUCUUUUUCUCUUCAUGCAGGUCUUGGUAACCUUGUGUUUAUCACACAUUACAUUUACUGUUUCUCCUUGUGGACCCAAUAUUGUAAUAUGGCUGCCUAAGCCCCUUAAAAGGGACUUGAGUCUGAAGUCUGGGAGAUAGUUUUGUGCAUAAAUACUAAAAUUAUUUUUGCUUUUAUUAAGGAGAGCAUCUACUGCUCAGUAAACAUGACUUGCCUAAAUAUUUUAGCUAAUGAGUAUUAUUAUUAUUUAUUAAAUUUCUAUACAGCUCUUCAUCUGACGUUUCAUUUUUCCUCUCCUAAGCAAUAUAAUUAUGUUAAACACAAUAAACUUCUAAUAAUAUUAAAGCAACCUGGUUAAAAUUAUGCUAUUAAACUUCAGCAACAACAUAAGGAAAGAAAAUGUUCCAGGGCUGAUUAAAGCUUGUUGGUGUCCAGGGCGAGAGCAAUAGUGGUUGGCAGAGAUCACCCUUAGCUUAAUAGUUCCAAAACGUCAUUGAUGUAUUUGAGGGGAAAUCCUUGAAUAUCUUAUUGCCAAGAAUUAAACUAAUCUUAAGAGGGAGCAGAUGUAUUUAUGUACUAAAGUUUCAAAACACAGGGUGGCAUCCUAUAUUUGUCAUAUUCAGAGUAGAACCACUGAAAUCAGUGGAGAUUUGCAUCCACUCAUUUCAGUGGGUCUACUCUAAGUAAAACUUAGUUGGGUACAACCCAUACAUUCCUGGUUUAAUCUGAUUUUUAAGGGGAAAAGGUUUCUAAGCGUAUGUAGCCAACUACAGAUUCCACUUUUCCUUAAUACCCUACAUUUCUGCACUAUUAUUUUCUACAUAGUAACAGGAUUUGGAAACUAAUGCUGCAGCCUGGCGCUAAGUUACUUUAUUUGGACUUUCUUUGAUUUGGGUGGGACUCAUGUCCAAGUUUAUAGGCUAUGGGGCUGAAUAUUGAGUUUUCCUCAUGACGCUUUAUUUUUAAGGCUUCCUCGCUUCUUCCAUUAUAAGAAGGGGAACAUUAGCACUUGUAAGGAAGAAGGAACUUCAGUGUUCUAAGGAAGUGUGCAUUUUGAAAAAGAGAACAAAUGUUUAGCCAGAAAGAUGAAAGUAUUGAAUGAAAGAGAUACUUUAUAAAGAAAUUGCAUGCAAUGUUUUGCUUUCAGGUUUUUAUUUUAUUAUGGCCUGGAAGUUAAUCAGAUUUGCACAAAACUAUCUCCCAGGCUUCAGACUCGUCCCAUUCUCCUAUCUUAUUUCAUCGUCAUGAACAUAUAUGAUUCAUUCCCGUCCAAACUGAGGAAUAGCAGUGAUGUAAGUGAACUGACGUACGAUCUGUCAUGUGAACUCUACAGGAUGUCUACCUUUUCGACUUUCCCUCGGAAUGUACCUGUAUCUGAAAGGAGUCUCGCCCGUGCUGGUUUCUAUUACACUGGUGUGAAAGACAAAGUAAAAUGUUUUAGUUGUGGCUUGAUGUUGGAUAACUGGAAAAAUGGUGACAAGGCUCUGGACAAGCAUAAGCAACUCUACCCUAGUUGCAACUUUGUUAAGAGUUUGACUCCAUUGAACAAUCUUGGUUCAUCAUUUAAUUCUGCCUUUUCACCUCCAACUGCCUUUGGCCUUUCUUCUUCACAUUCCCCGACACCAGCAGCAAAUAUGGAUCAAAUUGGUUAUAUCAGUGGAAGCUUUUCAAGCUUUCCUCCUGAUCCAGUCACAUCCAGGGCAGUUGAAGACUUGUCCCAUUUGAGACCUAAAACAGUCAAUUAUGCAAUGAGCACAGAAGAAGUCAGACUGCACACUUUUGAGUCAUGGCCACUGACAUUUCUGUCACCAUCUUCUUUGGCAAAAGCUGGAUUUUAUUACAUUGGGCCUGUGGACAGGGUGGCUUGUUUUGCCUGUGGUGGUCAACUGAGCAACUGGGAGCCUAAGGAUAAUGCCAUGUCGGAACAUCGGAGGCACUUUCCAAAUUGCCCUUUUGUGGAACAAAUGCGUGACCAGACCAGUUUCACAGUCUCCAAUAUGAGCAUGCAAACCUACGUAAUGCGCCUCAGCACUUUCAAAAGCUGGCCAGCUGCAGUUCCAGUUCAGCCACCGCGGCUUGCGGAUGCCGGCUUCUAUUAUGUGGGUCGCAAUGAUGAUGUUAAAUGUUUCUGCUGUGAUGGUGGACUCAGGUGUUGGGAGUCGGGGGAUGAUCCAUGGGUAGAACAUGCUAAAUGGUUUCCAAGAUGUGAGUACCUGCGGCAUAUGAAAGGACAAGAGUUUGUCCAUCAGAUUCAAGUAAGAUUCCCCCAUCUUCUUGAACAGCUGUUAUCCACUUCAGAUACACCAGUGGAUGAAAAUGUUGAUCCAAGAGAUGAGAUGAAUGAAGAAGAGAAGGUGGUGCAAGCAGAGGAAGUGACAUCAGAUCUGUCCUUAAUCAGAAAGAACCGAAAUGCAUUGUUUCAGCGCUUGACAUGUGUGCUUCCUAUCCUUGAAAGUUUAUUAACAUCCAAAGUAAUAACUGAAGUUGAAUACCAUGUUAUUAAACAAAAAACACAGACACCACUGCAAGCAAGAGAACUGAUUGAUACCAUCUUGGUGAAAGGAAACACAGCUGCAAACAUAUUCAGAAAUGGUUUACAAGAGUGUGAUUCUGUUUUAUACAAAGACUUGUUUGAGGAGAAGAAAAUGCCUUAUAUUCAGACAGAAGAUGUUUCAGGCCUGCCCAUGGAAGAACAGCUGAGACGAUUGCAAGAAGAGAGAACAUGCAAAGUUUGCAUGGACAAGGAAGUGUCCAUUGUCUUCAUCCCAUGUGGCCACUUAGUUGUGUGUAAAGAAUGUGCCCCUUCCCUUAGAAAAUGCCCUAUAUGCAGAGGGACAAUCAAGGGUACAGUGCGGACAUUUCUUUCAUGAAGGGCAUAAAAUGAGUUUCAUCAGCAAGAUCCUCACAGUUAUUGUGUCUCAAAUGAAUGGAUUGCUAAUCCAGUCUAGCUCCAUAGUGCCUUGGAACCAAAUGUUACUAAAGAUGGGGGUGAGCAACCUUGCAGGGUGUGUUACAGUUUGUGGUUCACAAAAGUAGCUGUUGAUUAUUUGUUAACCUAUUGGGAAGCUUUCUAACACGUAUAACUGGUUAGUCUAAAAUGUAUUCUAUAUAGACCACAUUUGAGGAACCUGAAGCUUUACCAUAUGUUGUUUUAGCGCAGCUCCCAUUAACCUUAGCCAUAGGCCCUGCUGGCUGUGAGUGGGGAGCUGGCGUCUAAUGGCUCCCAGGAAGUUGCAGGUUCCCCAUCCCUGAUAACUAACUGAAUUAUGAGCAAAAGUUUGGUCAUUGAAGCACCUAUGCAGGAAUUGCUUGAGUUGGUCAUAGGACAAAUUAUAUACCACCAAGGUGCAGUGCAAAAGGCUUAUGCUACGUUGCUUUAUAUAUGAUCCUAUAAUGUUAAAAAAUUCUUUGUGAAAUAAACUUAAUAGUAAAAGUUA